UCUUCAAGCCGCUGCCUUAGCACAAUGUCGCUUCCCAAGACCACGAAAGCAAUCCUUGUCCAAAAGACUGGGGGGCCGGAAGUGCUUGCACUGGGAGAAGUCGCUACUCCUACCCCAUCUGCGGACAAGGUUCUCGUCAAAGUAGAAUGGGCUGGCGUCAACUAUGUCGACACCUACAAGAGAGCAGGUGUUUAUACCCUUCCGUUGCCCCUUGUCCUGGGAGAAGAAUGCUCUGGCACAAUUGUGGCGCUUCCGACGUCAGAAUCUGUGCUCAACUCUGAGCAGUACGCUUUGCGUAAUUUCCACGUGGGAGACAGAGUUGCCUGCACUGUGUCAGGUAGCUUUGCCCAGUACGCUGCGGCUUCGUGGGAAAAGUGCUGGAAACUUCCUGUGAAUGUAGAGACGAAGAUCGGUGCCCUCUGUGUCUUACAAGGAUUGACGGCAUUGACAAUGAUCCGAGAGACUUAUACCGUCAAGAAAGGAGAUUACGUCCUUGUGCAUGCAGCUGCAGGAGGUGUCGGUCUGCUACUGUGUCAGGCGUGUUCCUACCUUGGCGCCCACGUUAUCGGCACGGUUUCCACUCUGGCAAAAGCGCAAUUGGCAAGAGAGAAUGGAGCGGAACAUGUCAUCAUUUCGAAGGAGCAAAAUGUGAUCCAGGAAGUCAUGAAGUUGACUGACGGAAAAGGAUGUCAUGUCAUAUUGGACGGAAUUGGCAAAGACACUUGGGAAGAUGACUUUGAAAUGAUCAGGCGCAAGGGCACCAUCGUUACCUACGGCAACGCAAGUGGCGUUGUGCCCCCAUUUGCCCCUCUGAAGCUCGCAGGAAAGAACAUCAAGGUCGCUCGACCAACUCUUGGGAACUACAUCGUCACAGCGGAAGAGUCAGCCGAAUAUUUUAGCUGGCUCUUUGAGCUAAUCGACAAAGGUGUACUCAAGUUCCAUGUGCAUGAUGAGUAUCCUUUCACUGCAGACGGAGUAAGGAAAUCGCAAACCGACAUCACAUCCCGUGGUACGACCGGCAAGCUCGUCAUUAAGGUCGAGUAGUGGCAAAUAAGGACCAAGAAAGAGUCGGCAGUGGGUGCUGGGAGUAGAUGAAGCAGAAACAAUGAGCAAGGAAUUGAUGAUUGUAUGGGGAGACUAUUAAUGGAUGGAAUCAUGAAUCCG